AUGGAGCGCGUGGAUUGCGCCGUCAUCGGCGCAGGAUGGUACGGGUUAGCUGCCGCCAAGCAGUAUCGAUACACGAGGCCUGACGAUUCCCUCGCGAUUUUUGAGUCGCAGUCGUCUCUGGGCGGAACUUGGGCCGACGAGCGCUUGUACCCCGAUCUCAAGAGCAACAACUUGCUAGGCACAUAUGAGUAUCCCGACUUUCCCAUGGAUAGCGAGAGGUUCGGCAUUAAGCCUGGGCAGUACAUUUCUGGAGACAUUAUCAACACCUACCUGAAAGCCUACGCGAGCCAUUUUGGCAUCGACAAUCUCGUCCGUCUUCACAGCAAAGUCUUGGCGGCAGAGCACCACGAUGACGCUGGCGGAGGAUGGACCCUGACCGUGGCAGGCAGCGACGGCGAAUCCCAGGUGUUUACUCGUCGCCUCGUCAUUGCCACCGGCCUGACUUCCGAGCCGUUUCUCCCUAGGUUUGAGGGCCAGGACAGCUUCGGUGGCCCGAUAUUCCACGGAAAGCACUUUCUGCAAAACAGGGCUACACUGGAGACUGCGAAAGACGUCACCAUUUUUGGCGCGACCAAGUUUUCGUGGGAUGCCGUCUACUCUUACGCCCAAGCUGGAGUCAAGGUCAAUUGGGUCAUUCGCUCGUCCGGCCAUGGCCCGUGUUGGAUUGCCCCGUCAUACGUCACGCCGCUGAAGCAAUGGAUCGAGAAACUCGCAAACAUGCGCUUUUUAACUUGGUUCAGCCCUUGCAUAUGGGGUGAUGCGGAUGGAUACACCGCCAUCCGUCGGUUCCUUCACCAAACGGCUGUCGGCCGAUUCAUUGUCGAUGCCUUCUGGAGGAUACUGGGCAACGAUGUUGCCCAACUAAACGGCUAUGACUCUCAUCCGAAGACGGCCAAGCUGAAGCCAUGGACAGGCGCCAUGUUCACUGGCGCGAGCUUCAGCAUCUUGAACUACGACAACGACUUCUUCGACCUCGUGAAACGUGACAGUGUAGAGAUCCACAUUGGAGAGAUCGAUCACCUUUCUCCAGGCACAGUUCAUCUCGCCGACGGUACAUCGUUCAAGUCAGACGCAAUACUCGCGCAUACCGGAUGGAAGCAAGUUCCGCCCGUAAAGUUCCUCCCAGAGGGGAUUGAUGCUGAGCUUGGCGUUCCACACUUGCAGCAAGAUGGCGCAACCUCUGCGACGACCGAUCUGGCCAACCAGCACGAGAUCCAAGCGCAGGCUGACACGGAUAUUCUGAAAAGGUUCCCGCGGUUGCGCAAGCAAGAGGUCUGGAACAAGGACUAUGUUCCCCUUGCGGAGCAAAGGGGCUUCGUGACGAGCGCCGCCGAUGCGACCACGCCGUACAACGGACUCACCCCUUUCAUGCUGUACCACUUCCUCGUGCCACCGUCUCCACGGUUCUUACGGCACCGCGACAUUGCGUUCGUCGGAAUCGUCAGCAACUUUAGCAAUACGCUGAACGCCCACAUCCAGGGGCUCUGGGCUGCCGCCUAUUUCUGCGGUCUCCUGAAGAACGACCCGGCGGCUGCGGUUGGCGACGAGGCUGCCCUGGAAAGACUGCGCUACGAAACAGCUUUGCAUAAUCGCUUCGGCCGGUGGCGCUAUCCGGUCGAUUGGGGCAACAAGGCACCGUCAUUCAUCUUCGAUGCUGUUCCGUACUUGGACCUGCUCCAGCGAGACCUCGGGCUUGAUCCCCACAGAAAGCGCGGCGCCUUGGCCGAGAUGUUCAGCGCGUACGGAGCAGAAGAUUAUAGAACCAUCAAUGAUGAGUGGAAGGAGAAAGUCUGGAGGAAGUCUGUGGGCACACUGUAG